AUGACCUGUGUUGGGAAAGAAAACGGUUGCCUUAUAUACCAUGGAAGUAAUUUUCUUAAACAACGCCUAUUGCUAUCUACACUGAGUGGAAAAUCAAUCGAAAUACGAGAAAUACGACCACACCGCGAAACCAACCCGGGCCUGCAGGAGUACGAAACGAAUCUGCUUGAGCUGCUGGACAAACUUACAAAUGGCACGAUUACAAGAGUGGAUCGCGAUGGAUGUUCGUUUGUGUAUCAACCAGGGCUGUUGUACGGUGGAAUAAUUCAUCAUGAUUGCAGCACAGAACGCGGAAUUGGAUAUUAUCUUGACAUGUUGGUAGCGCUAGGGCCUUUCUGCAAGAAGCCGCUACAGGUUACACUGACCGGUGUAACGAACAGCAAGGAAAGUCCUUCGGUAGAUCACAUAAAGGCAUCCGCAUUGCCAGCUCUGAAGCGGUUCCUGGUUGUAGACGAGGGUCUUGAAUUGAAAAUACUGAAACGGGGUAUGAUGCCGGGAGGAGGUGGUGUAAUAACAUUCCGCUGUCCAGUGCGUAAGUCACUAAAACCUAUUCAAUGUACGAAGCAAACGAUGAUUAAGCGCAUACGAGGUACAGCAUACUGCUGUAAAGUCAGCCCUGCAAUGGCCAAUCGUGCCGUGGAACACGCGAAAGGCGUGAUGCUAAACUUCCUGCCCGAUGUGUACAUUAACACAGACCAGCAUAAGGGUAAACGGUCGGGAAAUAGUCCUGGAUACGGAAUCAAUCUUGUGGCAGAAACAACUGACGGCACAAUGUUUUCUGCGGAAGCUAUCUGCAAAUCUAUGGAUGAGCAACAAGGUAAUCCAUCUAUCCCAGAAGAUGUUGGCCGGGAAGCAGGAAUGAAGCUGUUGGAUGAGGUGUUCCGAGGCGGUUGCGUCGAGUCUGCGUUCCAGUGGCUGGUCGUUCUGUACAUGGCGUUAGCACAGAAGGAUGUUUCCAAGUUUCUAAUAGGCCCGCUUUCCCAAUAUACCAUCCAUUUCCUUCAGCAUUUACGGGAAUUUUUCGGCAUUACAUUUAAGUUGGAAAAUGCAAACGGAGAUGAAAAUGACAGUACCGAUGACCGAGAAAAUGAAGAUCAGUUGUCUGGAUCUAACAAAGUGAUGCUAACUUGUGUUGGCGUUGGAUACAGUAAUUUUAGCAAACGUGUCAACUGA